CCUGACCUAUUAUUAUCGCAACAUACACCCUGAUUAACUUGGCGAUACUCAGCUAUAUGUGAUUAGAAACCUCUGGAGGUCUGCACAGUAUGCAUAAAAGCACAAACUUUGUGCUGUAUAGAUCUCCUCGUUUCUUUUCUUCUUUCAUCAUCAAGCUCAUCUGAAACAUUCAUCACUCAUACCUUCUUGGUUUUAUAACACCUGGUAUUCUCUAUAUCUCUUGGCGCUUCCUAUAUACCUCCUAGUUCAUUUCUUUUCCUCAGUAAAUAUGAAGGCUUACACUACUUUUGCCAUUGUCUCAUCAGCUGUCGCCGCCGCCGCAGCUCCACUCAAUGCCGCCAAACGAUGGGCACCCUCAGUCCGCAUUAGCCUUGGGGAUAGCGCCACCGCCAUUCAGAGAGAGGUAUCUUUGGAUGGAACUCCUUUCAUUGUCCCCGGUUCGGGAGAUGAGCGUGCUGUCACGGUGAUCAGCAUUGUCGACGAUAAUGGUAACGCGGAUUCAACUUGUUCGGCUUUCGAUGACGAAGGCAACUUCAUUCGAGGUACCAAUUCAAGGGAUCUCUUCUUUGCUGGUAGCAAUCUCGACCUUGAUCGACGCACUCAGGUGUUUGCCGUCGUAUGUGCCGAUGCUCAAAGUUUCCCGCGAAGUCCUGGCCGGAACCCCAAUGCUACCGGCAACAACGAUAACACUGGAGGACAAGACAACGCCAACCCCUCUACUCCUACUCCAUCUCCCCCUGUGCCAGACCAACGUGGCGAAGAAGACUUCAAGUGGAUAUCCGUCGGCCUUGAGGAUGACGAAGAUACCUUUGUUGUUAGGAUGGCCGUUCUGAACGAGGUCACUGACAUCUCCAGCUUUCUCCCGAACGGCAAGAUCUUAUUCCGAGCGGAGGUGUUCAACUCAAAUGCCCAUUCAGGUGCCGUUUGCGACACCUUCGCCGAUAAGGCAGGCACUCAGAAUCUGAACAAGCCAUUCGGUGUCAAUAAUAGCGGUCUUGCUACCGGGGCCACUUCGAUCGGUGUCAAUGUGCAGUCGAUCAUCUGCCGUGUCCCAUGAUAAAUGUACAAUAUCUGUUUCCUAUAACUUUGACUCUUUCACAGGCGUUCCUUGUACGAUCCUUUACAUAAUUGCUUACCACAAUAUACUCAAUACUCUUCGUAAUGAUUAC